AGGAGGAACGUGGAGGAUUAAGAUUAAGGUGAAAUGAAAUGACGUAGAAGAAAUAAAUGAAUCCGGAAGCAAUUAUAAAUACAAGUUACGAUCAAAACGAAUCUGCACAUAAAAAUCUAGAGCUUCCGUGGCACUGAUUGCUUUGCUAGUAGCCAAGAGAGAACGGUUUUCUGUUUCUUUCCCAUUUUCAUCCCAACAACAUGGCGGACACCUACGUUUUGGCCACCCAGAAGCGCAGCCGCUCCGACCACAUCGACGCCGCCGACGCCAAGAAGCUCGCCACGCAGGGGACCGCGGACCCGGCGGCGGCUCUGGCCAGCGCGCGCCACGAGUUCGGGGAGCACGGCGGCGUGAACAUGUCGAUCGAGGCCUCGGCGACGUUCACGGUGAUGGAGCCGGAGACGAUGCGGCGCAUGUUCGCCGGCGAGCUGGGCCCGGACCGCGACUUCUUCAUCUACAGCCGCCACUUCAACCCGACGGUGCUGAACCUCAGCCGCCUCAUGGCGGCGCUGGAGGGCACCGAGGCGGCGUACUGCACCGCCAGCGGGAUGUCCGCGAUCGCCGCCGUGCUCCUCCAGCUUUGCAGCCACGGGGGACACGUGGUGGCCUCCAGGGCGCUGUACGGCGGGACCCACGCGCUCCUCGCGCACUUCCUCCCCCGCACGUGCGGCAUGAGCACCACCUUCGUCGAGGUCUCCGAUCUGGACAUGGUGGAGGCGGCGAUCGUCGAGGGCAAGACCAAGGUCCUCUACUUCGAGUCCGUUUCCAACCCCACUCUCUCCGUCGCCAACAUACCCGAGCUCUGCCGCGUCGCCCACCGCAAGGGCGUCACGGUGGUCGUCGACAACACCUUUGCGCCCAUGGUCCUCUCGCCGGCGCGUCUCGGUGCUGACGUGGUUGUUCACAGUAUCUCCAAGUUCAUCAGCGGUGGGGCCGAUAUCAUCGCAGGUGCUGUGUGCGGGCCCGCGAGUCUGGUGAAUUCAAUGAUGGACCUGCAACAGGGAGCGAUAAUGCUGCUGGGCCCAACAAUGAACGCGAAGGUGGCAUUCGAACUAUCGGAGAGAAUCCCGCAUUUGGGGCUAAGAAUGAAGGAGCACAGUCAGCGCGCGCUGGUCUUCGCAAGGAGGCUCAAAAGCCUGGGCCUGAAGGUAAUCUACCCGGGCCUGGAGGAGCACCCGCAUCACGAGCUGCUAAAGUCGAUGCACAACAGGGAGUACGGGUACGGUGGGCUUUUGUGCAUCGACAUGGAGACAGAGGAGAGGGCCAAUCGGUUAAUGAACCAGUUGCAGAACUACGCCCAGUUUGGGUUCAUGGCUGUGAGCCUGGGCUAUUAUGAGACCCUGAUGUCGUGCUCUGGCAGCAGCACCAGCAGUGAGUUGAGCUCUGAGGAAAAAGCCCUAGCGGGAAUCUCACCGGGCCUGGUGAGAAUGUCUGUAGGGUACAUUGGGACGUUGGAGCAGAAGUGGAGCCAGCUGGAAAAGGCACUCACUCGACUUCACAACAAGAAUUAAGUUGCUGCUUUUCUCUUGCGUUGCAUCAUGCAUGCACCCUUCUCUACUAGCUUUAUCUUUAACUGUAUGCUACCUGUCUCGCUACUCCAUAUCUAGAGGAUAUGCUUAUCAAUUCCCCCUUUCGUCUUUAUUUUCGUACAUGCAGAAUUACUUUUAAAUUAAACGUGCUUUGGUGGAUCGUUGCUUUA